AGUCAACAAACCCACGCCAGCUUUGAGUAUUCUAACCUGUUGUUUCAGCACUCUAUAUCCUACAGCAUUCACCGCUGUGAACCGUCUUAUUUGAGCGAAUCAACCCCGGAUUUAUUUAUUAAUCCAUUUUUAUCCAUUCGUCUUACGAUACCAUAUUGACGUCGACGUUCAGGAAUUCUAACGACACCUCCGACGCUACGCACAGACAAUCCCAACCUUUCAACUUGGGAUAAAAAUAGUGAUACGACAUACUUCGUCUUCGUGCUCUCUGUUCAAUCGCCCACCACGGCUCCCCAAAGAUACCCAAUAUCCUUCAACCAAACUGCUAUUGCACGGAUUGCAAACACCGCCAGCAAAUUUACUCUACACUGCGCCAUAGACUACCAUGUCAUCUCAAAGACCGAACGCCUUUAACAGUCUGAGAAUGGGCGAAGUCAUCCGAGAACGAGUACAGGACGGUGUUACCGGCGAAACCAGAGAUUUGCAGUAUACCCAGAGCAAAAUUGUCGGAAAUGGAUCAUUUGGUGUCGUUUUCCAGACAAAACUGUCCCCAUCGGGUGAGGAUGCUGCUAUCAAGCGAGUUUUGCAAGACAAGCGCUUCAAGAACCGUGAACUUCAGAUCAUGCGCAUUGUCAGACAUCCCAACAUUGUUCAACUGAAGGCGUUUUACUACUCCAACGGUGAAAAGAGAGAUGAAGUCUAUCUCAAUCUUGUACAGGAGUUUGUACCUGAGACUGUGUAUCGUGCAUCCCGCUUUUUCAACAAGAUGAAGACAACGAUGCCUAUUCUUGAGAUUAAGUUGUACACCUACCAGCUUUUCCGAGCUCUCGCAUACAUUCAUUCGCAAGGCAUUUGCCAUCGAGACAUCAAGCCCCAGAACUUGUUGCUUGACCCUAACAGCGGCAUCCUGAAGCUUUGCGAUUUCGGCAGCGCCAAGAUUCUCGUGGAAAAUGAACCCAAUGUUUCAUACAUUUGCUCUAGAUACUACCGCGCCCCAGAGCUCAUCUUUGGCGCCACAAACUACACCACAAAGAUUGAUGUGUGGUCCACUGGUUGCGUCAUGGCCGAACUCAUGCUUGGCCAGCCCCUUUUCCCAGGUGAAUCAGGCAUUGACCAGCUCGUUGAAAUCAUCAAGGUUUUGGGAACACCUACUCGUGAGCAGAUUCGCACGAUGAACCCCAACUACAUGGAGCACAAGUUCCCUCAGAUUAAGCCUCAUCCCUUCAGCAAAGUCUUCCGCAAGGCUGAUGCCAAUGCCAUCGACCUCAUUUCUCGCCUCCUCGAGUACACCCCGACAGAGAGACAGGCUGCUGUUGAUGCUAUGAUUCACCCCUUCUUUGACGAACUUCGCGAUCCGAACACGAAGCUGCCUGAUUCUCGACACGGAACUGGCCAGUUGCGUGACCUCCCCGAUCUGUUCGACUUCUCUAGACACGAGCUGUCAAUCGCACCCAACCUAAACAAGGAGCUUGUUCCCCCUCACAUACGUUCCGUCUUGGCCUCUCGCGGACUGGAUAUCGACAACUUCACCCCGCUUACGAAGCAGGAGAUGAUGGCGAAACUGGAUUGAGGAGUUGAGGAGCCUGAUAGCUUGAUGUGAGAUACAUGUCUGCUUCCCCACGGAUAUUGGCGUUUUUGGAGCCCUUGAUGAUGGCAGUUGUGGAGAUGACCUCCAGAUCUGGCUGACAGGGUGUUUGCGUUGCUGUUCACUCUGCCAUGAGACUAGUUUUUCAGUGCAAAGGGACAGCUCGUUGUUGUCCUUUUUUUCUUGAUUGGAUCUCAGAGUUGUUUGAACGGUACCAUCAACUACCAACGGUCGUACUUUUGUUUCUCUAUUAUACUCUCACGAGAUGGCUAUCUACUGCGUUAUUGUUGGGAUUGGAACUGCUGCAUUGGUGAUGUUCAACCUGGAAGCAUGCACAGCCUAUAAAUGGCGACAUGCCUAGGUGGUUUGGCAAUCCUGACCGGUAUUCGGCAGUGGAGACCACAGACAGCAAUGUACCUUGCCUGUUUUAGAGAUAGCGGCUGGCGCUAAGUUGGGCAGAGAUUUGGCCGUCUGGGUGUGAGCAACAUUUGGGUGAUUUCUUAUGGCUUUCUUUGCGAGGCAAACGCGAGCCAUUGACGGCAUGUUUGGAGAAUUGGAGUGCUUUUCCACCUGGCGGAGCUUUCUGGCCAAGCAUUAAUCAGCGAUGGCUUUUGCACGAUUUCACGAUGAUGAUGGGAGGAGGCGCCAAGUUAGACACUGAGGAGCAAAUUGUAUUCCAACUGCUCAGUUGUUUCCUUUGUGCGACGGGGCAGCCAUACAAUUUUAUUCUAUUUUUUGGCUGUUUGUAGUGACGGAGCUUAUACCACCAGCAGAUAAAAGAAAGAGAAAUUGAUUUUUCAUAAUUAUUUUACGC